CCUAUUUGAGAUUCCGAGUCAUGGCUGCACCUACUCAAGCCAACCAGUUUCAGUUCAUGGUCUACUGUCCAGACAAGACGGAUGACGGGGCAUUCCAGCGCCGCCUGUCUGUACGCGAAAAGCACCUUGAAAAUGCGAAAGUACUUGGUGAUAAUGGCACCCUCAAAUUUGGUCGAGCCAUUAUGAGCCCGGAAUCGAUUGCGUCACCAGGCGCAGAGCAGAAAAUGGUUGGGUCGAUGAUGGUUUACCAGGCAGCUUCACUCGAAGAGGCGAAGAAAAUUGUUGAAAGUGACAUUUACUACACAAGUGGCGUCUGGGAUCCAGAGCGCGUUGUUGUCCUACCUUUCAUGGGCUUGCCUAUGUAAAAGAAUCAAGGGGCGAAAAAGUGUAGUACUAGUAGUUGUAUAGAGUGUAUGGCACGUGAUGGAUCGAUUAUAUCAUUACCAC